AUGACACGUCGCAUACUUACGAAAGAGGAUCCAUGCGGCCAUGGGACGAAACUGAUUAUCUAUCUUGAACAGCAAGGGGUUCCUGCUGCUAAGAGCAUUGUUCAUCAUAUUGAGGAUUCUGUGCGUAUGUCUCCAUAUCUGUCAUUUCCUGACAUCGCUUCAGGUGGAGGUCGGCAACUAAGUGGCGAUGGACGUCAGGCUGGAAUGCUCGAGAACAUUGAGAAAGAACACAGAAUUUCACAGAAUGUAUUACAGGUACCCGGAGCAUUAUUCACGCUGGGUGGGAAUGGGAUGCCAGAGACGCCUCCUCCGAUGGACGGAGUGGGAUCAAAGGAGGAGCGUGGUCCAGACAGAGUCCAUGAAGAGAUAUUGCAAGCCAUGACUGCGUUUUUCCUUAUCAGACGAAUAGAAGAUGACUGGGGAGAUCCAAAGAUCCCGGAAAACAUAACAGAAAUCACUCAAGAGCACUUCAUGGUAAACGAUUCCAUUUUCACAGUGAAAACUUUCGCCGAACAUCAUAAAGAUCGUGAGAAGAUCGAGAUUCCAGCUCACGAUAAAGAUAUUGAUGGUGAUGUCUUUCCUUCCAAGCGUCGAGCAAGCGGUGAUGGCUGA